AUGAGGGUAGCUGUUGAAAGGGAGCUGGGAAAGGAGGCUGUAGAAGUGAAGGAAGUGAUGGAUUUGAUUAAGAAUGAUGGUCUGAUGAAAACUGUUGUUGCUUUGCCCCAAUGUUUUGAUGGGCAAUUGUCUUCUUUCUUACCUCAACCAUCCCCAAUAUACACACAAUCUGAACCCACAACCUCCACCACAAAUCCUUCUGAUACUCAUACCUCUAACCCACCCUCACCUCCCCUUCAAAAAUUCAAUCUAACCACCACAAUACUACCAAUAUCUGAAGCUCAAUUAUUCAAUGAACCCAUAUCACCACCCUCCUCCACUCCCUCAUCUCCACCCUACUUUAACAUUUCAUUUGACUCUGAACAAUCUGAACCAUCUGACCCUCAAUCCCAUACUCUUGCACAACUUCAGGCUCGCGUCCUCUCCACUCAAAACCCAUAUGAGCCAGAAACCACCAUCCUUUCCCCUUCUGAACACCCACCUACACCACCCUCUGAACCUCACAUAGAAACUCCCUAUGAAAACCCUAUUACCCAACAAUCUGAACCUCCCACUGAAACCAUCCUCAUAUCACCAGCACCUAUACCUCCCGCCUUUGAACCUGAACCCACCUUCCCCACUCUGGAAGAGGCAAUCGUCUUAUUUAAUGAGUCUUUAGUGGAAAAGAUCAUAUCAAUGUCUGAAAACUCUAGAAUCAGUGAUGAUCCUUCUACAGUGAGGUUUCACUGGAAUAGAGUAAUCAGAUGGAUGACAUAUGAGGCCUUCAAGCUGAAAGGACUCUCUGAACAAGUCAGAAACGACUUCAUCAGAGAAGCUGGAGAGAGGUUACAGGCCCGUCUGGCCAGAGAGGCAGGGGAGAGAGCUCGUAGAGAAGCUGAGGAAAAAGCCCGCUUGGAAGAAGAAGAGAAAGAAAGAGAAGCUACAGAAAAGACCGCCGAUGAGCCUGCUGCUGCUGAAGCUGAAACCAAUGCCAAGGCUGACGCUGAAGAAGCAGCACGCAUUGCUACGGAAGAGGCUGCCAAGGCUAAGGACGAUGCUCUGACUCAGAGGGAUUCAUCUCACUCUGACUUUGCUCCACUUGUGUUGAAGACUCUGGAAGAACUACAAAAAGAGGAACAAAUUGUGAGAGAAAGAUUGGAUCAACAAGACUCUGUCAACUCCAACAUUUAUAACUUGUUGACUCAGUUGCUUCAGAGGAUGCCUCCUCCUCCGAACCUUUAG